GUCGAUCCAACGUGGGCUGGCCAGCAAAGCGCAGAAAAAAAAAGUGGCAGCAGCGGGCUUUUCUCUUCUUCUUCCUCCCCUUCUAUCAUCACCACACAGCCCAACAACCCGCAAUAAUGGCUUCUAUUUCGCAGGUUGACCUGCCUCUUCCCGGUCUCCCCGACGGCUGGACUGCCGACAAGGACUUCAAGGCCAUUGGCCAGCUUUCCGGCGCCACUCAGCGCACCAUCGAGCCUGUUGGCCCUCACUUCCUCGCCCACGCCCGCCGUGCCCGUCACAAGCGUACCUUUUCCGAGGAUGACCGUAUCCAGGCCCAGGAGAGCGCCAAGAAGAUCGAGGAUGCCGAGGACAGCGAGAUGAGCGAGCCCGAGGACGCCAUGAUGCUUCAGCGUGAGGCUAAGGACUGGAAGACCCAGGACCACUACAAGAUUCUUGGUCUUUCCAAGUACCGCUGGAAGGCUACCGAGGACCAGAUCAAGAAGGCUCACCGCAAGAAGGUCCUCAAGCACCACCCCGACAAGAAGGCUGCUUCCGGCAAGACCGAGGACGACCAGUUCUUCAAGUGUAUCCAGAAGGCCAACGAGGUUCUCAUGGACCCUACCAGACGCCGCCAGUACGACUCCGUCGAUGAGGAGGCCGAUGUCGAGCCCCCCACGAAGAAGCAGGUCCAGAACGGCGACUACUACAAGCUGUGGUCCCGCGUCUUCAAGUCCGAGGGCCGCUUCUCUAAGACCCAGCCCGUCCCUACCUUUGGCAAUGCUGAGGCUUCCAAGGAACACGUUGAGGAAUUCUACAACUUCUUCUACAACUUCGACUCGUGGCGUUCGUUUGAGUACCUCGAUGAGGAUGUCCCUGAUGACGGUGAGAGCCGUGACCACAAGCGUCACGUCGAGCGCAAGAACCAGAACUCCCGCAAGAAGAAGAAGGCCGAGGACAACGCCCGUCUCCGCAAGAUCCUUGACGAGGCUUCUGCCGGCGAUGAGCGUAUCAAGCGUUUCCGUCAGGAAGCCAACGCCUCCAAGAACAAGAAGCGUCUUGAAAAGGAGGCCGCUGAGAAGGCUGCCAUUGAGGAGGCUGCUGCCAAGAAGGCUGCUGAGGAGCAGGCCGCUAAGGAGGCCGAAGCUGCUGCCAAGGCUGACCGCGAGACCGCAAAGAAGGCCAAGGAGGCUGCUAAGAACGCUGUCAAGAAGAACAAGCGUGUCCUUAAGGGCUCCGUCAAGGACGCCAACUACUUCGCCACUGGCGGCGAUGCCUCUGCUGCUCAGAUCGAUGCUGUCCUCGGUGAUGUCGAGCUUGUUCAGGGCAAGAUUGACCCUGAUGAGAUUGCCGCUCUUGCUGGCAAGCUCAACGGCCUGACUGUUGCUGAUGAGAUCAAGGGUGUCUGGACCGCCGAGGUCAAGAGACUCGUCGAUGCUGGCAAGCUCAAGGAGGGCGAGACCAAGAACUUCUAAGCGCGAGCUUAAAAGCAGGGACAGCCGUAUCCAACUCCCCCAAAUGGCACUAUUGAUCUACGACUAGCCAGGCGGUGUUGUCUUUGGAAAACGCAUAAUACAGAAAAGUUACAUGUGUCUCAUGACCUUUGUUAUUUAGAAGGACUCUUAAAAUAGCGGAGAUAGAUAAAACUAAAGAAUUCCAAUACAUUUGGUCUAUUUAAGUUGAGAUGUUCAUCAUCCCGGGAAUUAUGUACAUAGAAAUAUAUGAGUGGAACGAUGCAACGGAUAUUAAAAAUGACAUGGAAGAGAUGCUUAUGCCUCCUUGUCUAGCGACUGGCCCAGCACCAUCUCAUAAUACAUGCCCUUGCGGGCCACCAACUCCUCAUGUGUACCUCGCUCGAUAAUCUUGCCCUUGGCAAACACGGCAAUCAGGUCUGCGUCACGGAUAGUGCUGAGUCUAUGGGCCACGGCAAUCGUUGUUCGCCCAGCAGCAGCGCGAUCCAGCGCCUCCUUGACAACCUUUUCUGAUUCUGUAUCGAGAGCACUGGUCGCUUCGUCAAGCAACAAAAGGCGCGGCUUACGGAUCAGGGCACGAGCAAUGGCAAUACGCUGGCGCUGGCCACCGGAUAGCGACAGACCUUGGCUGCCACAGGCAGUGUUGAGACCCUCGGGCAGUGAAGAAACAAAGUCCCAGACAUUGGCCUGCUUGCAGGCGUCAAUGAUGUCCUCUUCGGACGGCUCGCCGUUCUCUACUCCAAGAGCAAUGUUUUCACGGAUAGAGCCCUGAUAGAGGACGGGUUCUUGCUGCACUAGGGCCACUUCUCUGCGGUACUCGCAGCGGUCGUAUGCCUGCACGUCUUUAUCGUCGACGCGGAUCUGGCCAGUGGUUGGGUCGUAGAAGCGCUGCAAAAGAGCAAUCAUGGUCGACUUGCCGCAGCCAGAAGCGCCGACAAACGCAACCAUCUUGCCGGGCUUAAUGUCCACAUCGAUGCCGCGGAGAACCUUAAGGUUGGGUCGCUGGGCGUAUGAGAAGGUAACCUCGUCGCAUGAGACGUGGGCUCCCUUGGUGGGCUCGUCAGACUCUUCGGUGUCUGGCUUGGCGGGAGGGUCUAGAAGAAUGUGUGUCUUGCGCACAGAGAAGAUGUAGUUGAUGGCGGCACGAGCCUUUGUAAGACUCGUUGUAAACUGGAAGAAGAGCGCGGCAGCCUCUCCCGAGAAGAUGAUUGAGACGAAGACGAUGUAGAACUGCACGGUGGAGUACUCGCCAAAAGAGACAAGGCGGCCACCGUACCAGAAGCCCAAGCCCAUGACGAGGAAGGAGAUAGACUGACUCAGCGAGUAGAAGAACAUCUUCCAGCCAAGACUUCCAAUGGCGUGUGUUGCAAUGUCUUGCAGAGCGUCAGAGUAGCGCUGGAUGAUAACUCGCUCCAGAGCGAGCGAGGAGACGGUGCGGAUUGCCAUGACGGCCUCGGACGCGAGAGAGCUGCUCUGUGAGAAGCGCACGGCGGUGUCCUCUUCAAAGCUGAAUUCAAGACGAAUACGGACGUAACCAGAAAGCACGAGCAAUGGGAGACCGCCAAGACUAAGAACAAGACCGAGCUUCCAUCCAACAGCGAUGGCGAGGACGACACUUGCAAAGAGGUUGACAAUGGUGAUGAUGAUGAUGCCAAGGUUCAUGGCGAGGAGCUCCUGGAUGCUGGUGGGCUCUGAAGAGAGUCGGGAAACAAGAGCACCGGUGCCGUUGCCUGGCUUAUCGAAGAAUGUCAUGUCCUGGCGCAAGAUGUUGUCGAAUGUGUCGCCACGGUACACCUGCAUGACGGUCUGAGCCAUGUUGUUGGAGUGCCAGCCAAGGACGGCGUACGCGAUCAGGUUUCCAAUGGCGACAAUGAAGAACAUGAGAGCAAAGAAGUUGACCUUGGGGACAUCCAGCUUCUCAAACGCCUCCAUUGUUUUGGCAAAUAGGAUGGCCAGCGCGGGAUAGGUAACACCACCGGCAAUGGAGCCAAGGAGUGUCCAGGACGCAGGCACCCAGAGACUUCUCUGCUCUUUGAAGAUUUUGGCCAGACCGUGAACGAGACCGUAAUUGGUGGAUUCGUCGGCAAUGAUGACGGCGGCACUGGGCGAGGCAGAAGCUUCCGUAGCAAUGACGUCGAGGUUAUGACCGAUCUUUUCUCCCUCGGUAUCGCUUUCAACAGACUCGCCCUUCUUACCGAGAUCUUGUGCAGAAACCAGCUUGGCAUAUUUGCCGUCCAAUGCAACGAGUUCCGAGUGUGUGCCUUGCUCGGCAACCUCGCCCUUGCUGACAACAAUGAUGUUGUCGGCAUCGCGAAUGGUCGACAGACGGUGGGCAAUGACAAUCAUGGUUCGGCCCUUGGCGACGUUGUUGAGGGCCUUUUGGACAACUUUUUCGGCAUUAGGAUCGAGUGCGCUGGUGGCUUCAUCGAGGAGGAGGACUUUGGGGUUGGAGAUGAUGCUGCGUGCAAUGACGAUUCGCUGCUUCUGACCACCGCUGAGGGAUGCGCCGCGUUCGCCAAUGUGUGUGUCGUAACCCUAGAGGUUGUUAGCUUGAGUCUUCUUUGGUUUGCAGAGAGGCUGUACUUACGUUGGGCAAAUCUUGGAUGAAUUCAUGAGCAAAGGCAGACUUGCAGGCCUCAUACACGAAAUUGCGCUUCUCGUCUUCCGGAAGCUCAUCCAUGGCGGUUCCGGCCAGUCCAUCAGCAACAUUCUGAUAAAUGGUUCCGCUAAACAAUGUUGGUUCCUGCUGGACAAGUCUGAUGUUGGUUCGAAGCCACUGGAGAUUGAGAGAUUCCAGCUCGUGGCCAUCGAGAGUAAUAGAACCAGCCAUUUUGGGGUACCAUCGCUCCAGCAUGCCAAAUACCGUACUCUUUCCAGAACCACUGGCACCCACAAGCGCUGUUGUCUUUUCGGACGGGAUGUCGAUGCUAAAGUCCUGCAAGAUGGUGACGUCGGGUCGAGAAGGGUAGGCAAACUUGACAUUUCGGAGCUUGAUAUCGCCGGUGAAGUUUUCAAUAGUCUGUCCUUUGUCGGAAAGCGAGUCAACUGCAGACUUUCUAUCGAUGACGGCAAACAAGUCUUGCGCAGCCGCAGUGGCCUUGGAGAUGGCAACGAACUGGGGAGUAACGGCAGUCAAAGACUGAGCGGCGACUAGGAUGGCGAAGAUGACACUAAACAGGGCUUGUUAGAUGAUAUUCAGAGAUUGUUUUUGGAAUUGAAUACUUACGUGACAACGGUUCCUGGGUUUGGGAUCUCGCCCGAAGUGUACAUGCGCAUGCCUUGCCAGAAAGCCAAGCCGUAGCCGGCAAAGACGCAGAAGAAUUCGGUGGGGAAUAGGAUAGCGUAGAGGAGAGACUUCUUGUCACCAAUACGGCGAGCUUCGGCCAGGGUGUUGUUGAAUCGCGAGGAUAGCUUGGGGAAAGCCCAGAAGGCAUGGGCAGUGCGAAUGCUGGAGAAGGCCUCUUCGGCAAUGGUUCCAGCCUUGCUGUAAAUCUCAAACAUUUCAUAUUCGUACACUGUGUCGUAGAUGACGCAGACAAUGGUGACGGCGAGGUUGACGGGGACAAUGGCAAUAAUGAUGAGGGUCAGCUUCCACUGGACGACAAAGGCAACAAUGAAGGCAGCGAAGAAGGUGGACAUGGACAUGAUGAUGAUGCCAAACUUUUCCGAGAUGCCGUUGCUAAUGAGGUUACCAUUGGUGGUAAUCUGACUCGAGACGGAGGUGGUUGGGUUGUCGAAGAAGGGAAUGUCCUGGCGCAGAGUGCUGCGGACAAAGUCGACGCGCAGGCGCUUGACAGCGCGGAUUCCGGUGAUGUUGAUGAGCACCGACCAGAUGUAUACCAGAGCGAACUUGCCGAUGAAAAGAUAGACAAAGUAUAGACUGUUGCGCAUGUUAGAGCGGCCGGUCAGUAUUGGCGCCAUGGGCAUGGUAGAUGACUUACGUGAAGUGGUUGAUUUGCGAGCGGUACACUUCCGCAGCAUUCUCGGUUCCAGAUCUGGCAAAGUCGGUAAAGACGUUGACGAACUCGCCAAAGACGACGUCCAUCAGCGGAAGAACAACGCCUGCGCCAAUCAUACACAAGAUGGCAAUGACAUUUAGCACCCAGCCCAGGGCGUCAU